UUGUUCUUAACUUCGAAAAAAAGCAAGCAUAUACUUCUUUGUCGCUCGUUGUCGUUGCGAUGGAUCUGGACUUGGAACUCCGGCGAAACCUUGAGGACAUCCGCCACGAUCUCACGCUCAAGGCGACGUUGCCCACGGCGGACGCGAUCAAGUUGAGCCUGAAACAUUCGUCGACACCGCAUGCCAAAGAUCUGCUCGACAAGCUGCGCGGAUGGACACAAUCCGGGUCGUUCGAUGAAGACCAGCUCCGGCUCACGGAGCUCCUGCCCUGUGUGGCCGAGGUGGCCGAGAAAGAGCUAGACUUUGCCACCGCCGAAGCUUGCGUCGCGUGGUACUUGACCCUAUCGUCCCCCCGGGACCAGUUUUACUGUCGCGCGCUGUUUGUGCGGGCCAAAUGCCUUGCGCAGCACGCCCGGGCCCUCCAAGGCCACGCCUGUGUAAGCCAGGUCCAGCACGCGAUUCACUGGAUCCUCGUCGCCGUCAAGCUCGCGCUCGAACCCGCCAGCCGACCGCACUACGACUUUCUCGUGUACAACGCCACCGUCACGUAUUGGCACGUGGCUAGACCUUUGCUCCGACCCGGCAGCGCGCGCCACGUCAUCGAGUCGAUGCAGACCAUGCUGGACGGUCUCAAGGCCAUCAACGAAGCUGACAAGGCGUGGAUCGUGCGGUACGAGAUCACCCUUGCCACGAGCUAUGAGGACGACAACCAGCUCGGGAAAGCGGCUAAAGUCAUCAAUGACGCCGUCGAUCACGCGCUUGCCCUCGUGGCCGCGGCCAAGCCCCCUUCCGACCAGGCAGCUGCGACCGCUGUCACCAAUGCGCCUGCCAUUGCGACGGGCACAGCGGCAGCGUUGGCGACCGCAACUUCGUUGUUCGAGGAAGCGUCCCUGUUGCAAGUGCAUUUUGGGCGGCACAAAGACGCCGAAUGUGCCAAAGCGCUGGCGGCAGCGAAAAAGAACAUGGUCUCCAAGCGCCAUGUGAUGCUGUUUAACUUGCAGUCGAUCAAGUCCGAACUUACGCCCCCCGAAAGCGUCCGCGCCGCCCUCGUCGACCUCUUUGCGGCCACGACGGGGGUCAAGCUAGACGCCGUAGGACAUGACAUUCCCGACGAUGGAUCCCUCGAGUGGGAAACCAUCGUCGAAUUGGGCAUCGUCGCAGUUCAAUGCCAUCACUCUGACAUUGGUAAAACCUGCGAGCGCCUUGUCGGCAGCAGCAAACGACUCAACGCCUCCGCUCGCAUCAUGGCCGACCUGCUGCGUUGUUAUCUCGCGCUCGAGCCGAACAAGCCAGCUCCUUCUCCGAUCCCCACUACCCCAGCGAACCCCCCCAUUGUUGCCGGUCAAAAAGGCGCCCCUGUCCCGGCAGCGCCCCCCCAUCCAGCUCCAACACCGACGACAACGACAGGAGGCCAGGCCAAAGUUGUGCAUUUGGACACAAGACAGCGCGAAGCGCACCGCCUCGCGCGCCAUGUCGAGUGUGUCAAAGUGUUGGAACGCUCGUUGGCCGCGGCAAAGCGCGUGGGUCAGCCCCAUUUGAUUCAGGACAUUUGUCUUUUUGCGUGGAACGUUGCGCUUCCGUUGGUCGAAUCGCACCUUCGAAAGCACGUGCAUCGGUUGUUUCAGUCUGCGACGACCCUGCUGGAGGAACUGGAAAGCCCCCUGGUCGCCCUUCGCGCCCAAAUGCACUUCGAAUCCGCCAAGUGCGAAAUGGAGUGCGACUACUUGGCCAAAGCCAGCGUCCACGUGAAUAAAGCGCUGCAAUUGGACUACGGGGGGACACCAACGGAACAGCCAAGCAAAAUCGGACUACACGACGGGACCGCCCCCGGAGUCGGGAAAACCUCGUCGUUGCCCGACGUGCAUGUCAAAGGCAAGGCCUCCCACGCUCCCCCUUCUUCUUCGUCCUCGUCACCAUCCCCAGAAGAAGUUUCACGACUGUUGGACAAACACCUGAUGCCCCUCAAACGCGUGCUGGACCUCAAAUCCAACUUGUACGGCGAACCAGAUGCCAUUGAAGACCAAGCGCUGAUCCUCGUGGAGCAGUCCAAGGAAGCCCACGACAAGGCCCUCAAGGCCACUUUGUUGCACAAAGCGAUUGCGCUGCUCGAGGCUAAUGUUCCCGUAGAACAUACACCGUCGGUUGUGCUGGAACGCUUUGCGUUGUGGCACGACAUGGCCAAGUUAGCGUGGGAACUAAAAAACGCGGCGAUGACUCGAAAGGCCGCUGCGAGGGCGCUCAAGUAUCCGUUUGGAAUGGACCAAUCCCAGUCGAUUCUCCAAGGGGAGCUACACUUUGUGUUGGCGGAAACAUACGUGGAUGAAAUCAAGGCGUACGAGAAGGAUCCGUCCGUGUUGACGAGCGAUUUGAGGUUGGGCACUAGUAUUGUGUGUGACGGCACAUCUACUGAGUUAGAGCCCCUCGCGACCAUCGCCACGUGCAAAACGCAAGUGGUGGCCGAGAUAAUGCUGGGUUUACAGCGGGGGUUGGACACCAAAGCGGCGUGGGUUGUGCACAACGCUGCCACGUAUUUAUGGAACUACCACUGCCAUCUCUUUCGCAACGACCACCACCAACUCGACGUGGUGAUGCCUGAUGUCGCCGCCGCGUUCGACACAGUGUUUCAAGCGCUUGUGGCUCCAGAGCAGUCAGUCAAUCACCCCAAUGACCAGCAACAGCAAUUGCCGCUUGUCAGCUGCAUCGCCCAAGGCUUGACCAUGAUUCAUCGGGGAGAUGCAAACCGCAUGGAUACUGUCGUGGAUGCAGUCUUGAAACGAAGCGACCAGCUCCCCAUUUUGCACCGGAAAGCAUUGAUCGAGAUCAAAACAAGGGUGCAGUUGGAGCGCGGGGUGAAGGACGCCGUGGUGGGGGACUCGACGCCCAUGAAGGUCGUGUCGUGCAUCAAAGCGCUCGAAGUGCAAGUGGACGCGCUGCAUGCGACAUCGGUCGCCACCGAAAGUGGAGCGGCUGCCACGUCAUCGCGUUCAACUGGCGACGACGAAAAGACACUGCUCGACAAGGCGGCCACGUAUUUUCAAAAAGCCAUGCAGUUGUGGCUGCCCUUUGCCACCGACAUGUUUGGACGCAAUGCGGUCGUGGAACCAGUGCUAGAAUCGGAGCAGCAAAAGCGCGAGUUUCACGCGGAAAUAUGGGUGCGCCUGGCCAAAGCAGCGUUGGCCCUACACAAAAUGACCGACGCCCAAAAGUUCUGCGAGCAAGCCGUGGCGCCGCUCCAGGCCAGCGACAUCCCCCCCGCGUUCUUGACCAAAGCUAUCUGGCGAUGGUACGCGCUCGCCCAGGUCGUGUGGGCGCAGGCGAUUCUCCAGCUCGCGACCGACACGGAAGCCCAAGAAAAAGAUGUCAAGCAUGAGCUCGCACUGUUUGCGAUUAAACAUUUGUUGUUGGGCGCCGAGUUUGCCGUACACGCGGGCACCCCAUCGCUGGUGCAAACUGCCGCUCGGAUCAUGUGGAACGGCAUGCUGGGUAUAUUAGACGUCAACGGGUCGCCCAACCCAUCGUUCCGUCGCAAGUUGACGCUCGACAUGCAUACGAUGCUGGACCACCUCACGGCCGUCGACUCGACGCAGUACUCUUUCCGAGUGGAUUUUGUCUGCGCCCUGCUCGACACCUACGAGGAGUUGCAGGCGUGGGAGGCGGGUCUGUCGACAGUCGAAGCCGCCUUUGUCGUAAUUCCUUCGUCCGCCCAACGGCCGCUGUGGCGCUACAGGGUAAUCUUCAUGUCCAAAUUGGGCAAGAGCGUUGCGGACGGGUUUGCCAAGAUGAAAGAAAACGAUGUGUUGCUGCAAGCCCGGGUGAGUAAGCGCAUUGCGGCGUCGACGACGGACCCCGGGGCGCAGUACAAGGCGCUGUACAGAGCGGUCAAGGACUUGACGGGCAAAGUGGAGCAGGCGCAGUUUCUCGUGGAAAUUGCCGAGUGGUUCUACACCAACCAGUUCCCCCUGCAAGACGUCCACGACCAGCUGCAUGGAGCGAUUCACACGUUGUUGCCAGUGGUCCAUCGAGAUCAAGGUGGCAUGAAGGGCGUCGCCAAGAAGGGCGGCGGGGCGAAAAAGCGAAAGGACGGCGACGUCGUGCCGCCCAUGGAGUGGUGGCAUCUAGACCUCCUGUUGCGUGUCUACGUGAUGCUGGCGCUGGCGUCGCGGUCCUUUCGAGAGCGGCUCGAGUACGUUCUUGUGGCGCUGGCCCACGUCGCCAGUAUGUGGGACGCGCUGGCCAACGAGCACGUGAAUUUGCAGUAUCGCGAGCUGUUCGAAGCCUACCAGCAGCAAAAUGCAGAGCAUGAGAGCAGCGCAGAUGAUCACGACAAGGCACAAGUGUACGACGACUUUGACGAGUGGAAAGCACUCAACAUGGCGUCCACGUCUGUCACCCCGGGGCUCGUCGUUCCCCCUUCGACCGCCGAAUGGGCAGCGUUCGAUCUUCAACCCCACGUUCCGAUGUUGUGUGGCCACACAACCCUCGCCAAAACGUCGCUGCUGAUGCUGCACCCUGGCAACGUGACCCAGCCAACGCUGACCAUCCAUUACUUGUCUAAACUGACGCAACUGGCGCUCGACUUUCACCAACAUCCCCAUGUGCUGCCGUGCUUGUGGCUUGCCAAAGCGGUGGUCAUCGGCACAGCAACCACCACCACGUCGUCCUUAGCCGCCCUCGGUGACGACUUGCCCCUCCUGCCCCUCCUAGUGGACUUGCAACUUGCCAAAGUGCUAUGCGUGUUAGGAUAUACCAGUCAAAGUCAAGAGUGUCUGAAACGUGCGAUCGACGCCUUGCACGGCGCCAACCACUCCCCCCCGUCCAGCAGCUCAGAGAAAAUCGCCACGACGCAGCCAUCGCCGACACCCGUCGCGAGUCUGCGACACCGCCCCAUCGUGUCGUCCAAAUACAACGUGUUGCACGUGUGCACAGAGAUCGCCGACCUGUUUCUGGACUGCGGCUAUCACUUGCAAGUCAAGCAACUGCUAGACGUCGCCAGCCGCCAAUGCGCAGCGGAGGGGGACACGACAACGCUGGCGUGUGUGGAUGUAUGUCGAGGUAAACUGCUGUGGAUCGAGGGCGAGCGCACCGCUGCGCUGCACCACUUGCAGCUCGCGGCGGCGACGGACGGAUUGAGCAUCCAGUUGUAUGCAAAGUAUGUGACGCUGUACGCGACUUUGUUGCGUGAUCAAGGCCAGGUCAAAGUCGCCAAGGCGGCAUUGCAGCACGCGAUUCACGUUGUGAGCCACUUGCCCAAGCAGCUGCCGCGCACGUCGACCCAGCUCCAGCUCGACCUCCCCCCGCCGGUUUCUAUGGACAUUGACCUUGUGGAGGGGCUGGCGGCGUUGCAGGCGGCGUACGCCGACCUCCUCGUCCACGAAAGCCGGAUGCUCUUGGCGACGGGGGGCGACUGGACCGGGACGUGGGCCGAAGCCGGUCGGGUGUACUCCGACGUAGUGUCGAUGUUGAUCCAACUGGGGGGCACGUUUGCCAUGGUCGCAGUGGCGUCACGGUACGCCGACGUGUUGACGUCCACUUUGCGCGACGGGGGUUCCAAGUCGGAAUCGGACGGGGACAUACUCGACCAAGCAAGGAAGGUGCUGCUGGUCGCGCAUGGCUUUCUCGAGCAUGUGUGGGCUGCCACAGACAAUCCACGCAUGGACGCGGAUGCAAGUGCGGUGAAUCCGGUGGCGCUGGCCACGAUAUUAGCUCAAGUCAAAGCGCAGUUGGGCCGGCUCGAGUUGCAGCAGCACUUGCUAGGCCACGAGCAACUCAUGGUCGUGUACCAAGUCGAAUGCGACGCGAAGAAGAACUUGAUCGAGCUGUGGCUGGAACAAACCGCACCGCAGCAUGCGAAAACUGCCGACGAGAUGCGGCUACCGCCGCUUGAUAAGGCGCUGUUGUACUUUAACGCGGCCGUGACGUUGACUCAAUUGGCACCGUCGCCACUGUACAUUGCCAGCGUCGGGCGCUGUCUUCGGCUCCAACUACAGCACAACGAUGCUGUGUGGACGUACUCGACCGAGGGGCUACGCAAGCAAGGCAUUGCGUGCUCGACUCCCCCUCCACCAUCCACCGCAGGGGUUCCAGCCACAACAACAGGGUUGAGCCAGGCCCUGGACGAUUGCACUCGUUUGAUUCAAUCGGCACUGGACAUUGCCCUCAAGCAGAAAGAUCGCCCGGCAAUUCAAGAAUGCACUUAUGAGUUGAUGCAAUGUUUUGGAUGUAUCGACCCCGCCAUUGCCGUCAAACACCUUCUUUGGUAUCAAAGCUGCCGCAUGAGCGCGGUGGCAGAAGGGCUGUUGCUCGAAGCCAGCGCCCCGACGAAUCGUACGGCGUUGUUCGUCCAGCGCACCCAUAUGCUGCCACCCACGUCUGUGCCAGCCCAACUGGCGUCGCUGUACUUGGAGCAUGAGUCGGAGGCGUGGCGGCGGCUUGCGGUCACGUCGUCCAUCGAUGCCACCCUCAGCCACGUUCCGCCACAUAUGACCCUCUUUUCGCUGCAAUUGUCGUCCGAUGGGAGCUACCUCUACGGGGCCGUGCUAGCGUCCCCAACCAGCACCUCGACCACCAAUACUUGUGGGUUGCCGCUGUUGGCGCGUCUGGAAUUGCAUUCGCCACGUCGAGUGGCGCUUCGAGAACUCACGGCCAAGCUCAAGGCGUGGCGUGCGUCCACCGUCAAGGGUCUGUUGCAGAUCAGUGACGCUAUGACAGGCGAACACGAUUGGUUUGAGUUUGGCAACCCCACCCCGGCCUCCAAAGAAGACAUGCCGACGGAAGAUGCCUUGGAAGAUCAGUUUCAACAGCUGGUCGACGAAGCCAAGCAGCUGCUCGGGCCGUUCCUCGACUGCUUCCACGGGGCUCUCAAGGCGGCGAAAGCGACGAGCGAUGACGCCACCGUCGUGUUUGUUGUCGACCCAGCUUUGGAGUGCAUUCCCUUUGAAGCGCUCCUCGUCGACGUGUUGGACGCACGGGACCUGUCCGUGCACAUGUUGUCCAUCCGGUUGCAGAACCUCAAAGCUAUCCCGUACAAGAAAGACGACCUGUACUACAUAGCCGAUCCUCAGAACGACACUGGCGCCGACAGUCCCGACAACCCCCACUCUAUUUAUGCAACGUUAGCCGCUCUCAAAUCCAAUGCCCCCAGUAUCAAGGGCCUCAGUGGCAAGAAGUACGUGCCCAGCGCCGGCGAGUGGCAGGCAGGGCUCACUGGGCGCCGCGGUGGGGGGCUCCUUUUUUACGGCCCCAACCGGUCGCUGGCCCAUUUUGCCCCGUCGCACGUGGCGGGUUUGAGCGCGUCCAAGUGCAAUCUCGUGGUGAGCAUGAGUCGCAUGGAGAACUACGCGAGCUACCGCCGCCAGAGCAAGCUCGACACGCACAAGCCCAAGCGCGUACUGAGCCUGGAGGAUGGCUGGGAGAGCGCCGUGCUGUGGUCGCUCUGCGGGGCCAACUGCGUCGUGACCAACCAGUGGAACACGUCAUUUCUGGCCAACCACCGCGUGGUCACCACCUUGUUUGGCCAGCUGGCCAAGGGCGUGCCAGUGGCCAAAGCGCUCAAGCGCACAGGGGACGUGUGGGUGAUGGCCACGAAACCCCCGCACAACGGCACCACGCUCAAAGGGCGCGUGCGAUUCAACCCGAUCGUGUACGGCCUACCGCAUUUGGUCUAAUAUUGUAGCUAGGUUACUAGCGACUAGUGGAGAUGAUGGGAUGUUAUGAUUAUCAUGAUAUCAAUACUAACGUUAGUACUGACUGUACUGCUGAAAUGAAAGGCAGCACAGCCACACUACCACCGGCUACACUAUCAAUGUUAUUUCCGAUAUUAACCCUAAUGGACAGGAACUUUUUCUGCAA